UUCAAUUCCCACCCCCCAAAAAUUACAUCAUUGGGUACCUAGACCCGAUCUUGCUUUAGUCGCUCCCAAAUAUACAAGUCGACUCCAGUCCAGCUCCGCAGCCUACCUUUUUUUCUUCCACUCCGCCAUCCUCCUCUCUCUUUUUUCCGUGGGAAAAAAAAUACCUCCUCUCUCUCUCUUCUCUCUCUUCUCUCUCUUCUCUCUCUUCUCUGUUUUGUGCUUCUUACAUUCCUUUCAGAAUUCAAUGUAUGUCCCAUGCACCCUGUUUCAUACCUUCAAAUGGGUCCCAUUUAUCUAAACGCUGGCCCAUAUCAUCUUCCCGCUGCCGUCAUUUUCUCUCCCACCUCAGCCUUUUUCCUUGUCAUGAGUUGUGGUUGUUUCCCCCUAUAGAUGGGCUUUACCUAGCAGAUGUCCCUACACGAUUCUCACCCCGGUAGAGGACUCGGCUCUGCUAUAAGAAGUCUGUUCCGCUCCUCUCCCUCCCCUUCUCUGUCUCCUCGAAGUCGGGUUUCUCUUCUGAUCCGUCGAGGUAGGACUGUGUUUUCGAACAAACGUUCCGCGUUUUCACGAUUUGCUUCGAGCAAGCAUCAAACAAGGAAAACCCCCCUCCAAUGGAUUGAAAUAGUCACUAAGAAUGUGGUUCGAUAUAGACAUCCCGUAUCUCAAUCAACCCGUUCACCUGGGUCACGACGACCAUCCUCCCGUCCAGAGUCAACUGCGAUGAUUGGUUUCUCUGAGGCGUCCCAAGGUGCGGGGGGUGACAGCUUCGACAUCUUCGAAUGGUAUCCCCGCUAUCAAAAUUGUCAGCGUUACUUCCUAGAUCAUGCGCAGCACAGUAGCCCGGUUCAAGCGCUGUCCACCUUUCUGAAUAUCCGACUUCCAUUCCAACGACAACCCUAUCCCGUUGCGAACUCUUCCUCCAACCAGUCUUCAACUGCUGGCGCUGGUGAUGAGGCGCCGUCUGGUCCCUCGUCAACGACGAAUCUUCCCCCAUCCGUGUCGCUGGUUCCCUACAUUCGCCGUCUGGUGGCCACCGGAAUGGAUUUCCCUGGAGUGCUUCAGGGGUUUUUUGGCGACGAGUGGCAGUCCGGAAUCGGGCCCCUCCACGAACAGGAACGCCGUAACUAUCUAUUCGCUGCGAAAAGUGGUGGCUGGGCUUCUGUGAAGAAAGACUACGACAUCACCCCAUUAGAGACUAUUCCAUUCCUACGCCCGUUACAAGGACCAUUGGAUUCCGAAAUUGAAGCUGCUGAAAGAAGCUGGAGCGAGUGGCUGGCAAUGGAAGACUGGAUGGUUGGGCCGCGAGCUCCCGACGCUUUACAAGAUUCAUCCUCGCAGUCAUCAUCACGACCACGGAGUGCCCGGGGCUGA